GGGCUACAUCCAUACAGUGUGGCUGGAGGUGCCGCCCACUGACUGCUGAGUCCUGCCAGGGCCAGCGUGUCCACAUCUGCUCAAAGCCAAGCGCCUUGCACAUGAGGGCUGCUGCCAGGCCCCCAGUUCUCCGAGGUCAGGCUUUUGUUGGCUUUUGUUGGGAGCGGGGGCCCUACAGUGAGCCUGGGGCAAAGUUUGGAGCACUGGGUUCUGAAACAUUCCGGCUGGGAAUCUGUGCGACUUCUUGGAAGUGCACCUCUGGACGUCAGCCAGGAAGAAGGCCGUCCGGUGCCCCUGAGGAAAUCCCCACUGCUCGGGUGCCGAGGGUGAUGGCACUGCAGCUCUGGGCCCUGACCCUCCUGGGCCUGGUGGGCACAGGUGUGGGCCUGCGGCCCCGACAGCUGGACGUCUUCCGCAGUGAGACGGAGCUGAACCACCUGGUGGUGGAUAGCACGUCAGGCGUGGUGUACCUGGGGGCAGUGAACGCGCUCUACCAGCUGAGCGCCGACCUGCAGCUGCAGCAGCAGGUGGCCACGGGCCCGGCCCUGGACAACAAGAAGUGUACCCCACCCAUCGAGGCCAGUCAGUGCCACGAGGCCGUGCUGACCGACAAUGUCAACCAGCUGCUGCUGCUCGACCCGCCGGGGAACCGCCUCGUUGAGUGUGGCAGCCUCUUCAAGGGCAUCUGCGCCCUGCGCGCCCUGAGCAACAUCUCCACGCGCCUCUUCUAUGAGGAUGGCAGCGGCGAGAAGUCCUUCGUGGCCAGCAAUGACGAGAGCGUGGCCACGGUGGGGCUGGUGAGCGCCAUCGGCCCCCACGGCAAGCGCAUGCUGUUCGUGGGCAAGGGCAAUGGGCCGCACGACAACGGUAUCAUUGUCAGCACCCGCCUGCUGGACCGGGCUGACGGUAGGGAGGCCUUCGAGGCCUACACAGACCACGCCACCUACAAGGCCGGCUACCUGUCCACCAGCACACAGCAGUUUGUGGCUGCCUUUGAGGACGGCCAGUACGUCUUCUUCCUGUUCAACCAGCAGGACAAGCACCCGCCACAGAACCGCACGCUGCUGGCGCGCAUGUGCAAGCAGGACGGCUUCUACUACUCCUACCUGGAGAUGGACCUGCACUGCCUCGACCCUGGCGACACCUCGGCCCCUGCCUUCAGCACUUGCCUUGCAGCCUCCGUGGCCACGGCCAGCAGCGGCCAGGGGGUGCUAUAUACCGUCUUCAGCAGGGAUGACCGGAGAGGCGGAGGCCCUCGCGCAGGGCUCUGCCUGUUCCCGCUGGCCUUGGUCAACGAAAAGAUGCAGGCCAACCGCGAUGCUUGCUACACGAGCCCCCGGGACGACGGCCGGGGCACCUUCUACAAGCCCUUCCACGGCGAGAUCCAGUGCGGCGGCCACACGCUGGGUGCCAGCGAGAGCUUCCCGUGUGGCUCGGAGCACCUGCCCUACCCGCUGGGCAGCCGAGACGGGCUCACAGCCAGGGCUGUGCUGCAUCGCGGGGGCCUGAACUUGACUGCCGUGACGGUGACCACCGAGAACGGCCACACCAUCACCUUCUUGGGCACCUCGGAUGGCCAGGUCCUCAAGGUAUACCUCGCCCCAGAUGGCAGCUCCGUGCAGUACAGCUCUGUCCCUGUGGACAUCAACAAGAGGAUAAAGCAGGACCUGGUGCUGUCUUCAGACUUGGCCACUCUGUACGCCAUGACGCAAGACAAGGUGUUCCGGCUCCCUGUGCAGAACUGUCUGAGCUACCCAACCUGUGCCCAGUGCCUCGGCUCUCAGGACCCAUACUGCGGCUGGUGUGUCGCCGACGGACGGUGCACCAGGAAGGCUGAGUGCCCACGGGCUGAGGAGCACGGCCACUGGCUAUGGAGCCGCAAGGAGUCCUGCGUGACCGUCACCGGCGCCCAGCCCCAGAACAUGAGCCGGCGGGCCCAGGGGGAGGUGCAACUGACCAUCAGUCCUCUCCCGGCUCUGGGCCAGAGGGAUAAGCUACAAUGCGUCUUUGGUAACUCAACGCCACACCCUGCCCGCAUGGAGGGGGACACCAUCGUCUGCAACUCCCCAAGUCGCAUUCCCAGCACGCCACCUGGCCAGGACCACGUGGCCAUGAGCAUCCAACUCUUUUUCAAACAAAACAACGUCUUUCUCACCUCCCACCUGUACCCCUUCUAUGACUGCCGGGAAGCCAUGAGCCUGGCAGAGAACCUGCCGUGCAUAUCCUGCGCCAGCAACCGCUGGACCUGUCAGUGGGAGCUGCGCUACCAUGAGUGUCGAGAGGCCUCGCCCAACCGUGAAGACGGCAUUGUCCCAGCUCACAUGGAGGACUACUGCCCCCAGUUCCUGAAUCCCAGCCCUCUGGUCAUCCCCAUGAACUAUGAGACAGAAGUGACCUUCCAGGGCAAGAACUUGGACACCGUGAAGGUCUCCUCCCUGCAUGUGGGCAGUGAUCUGCUCAAGUUCGAGGAGCUGGUGAUCACACGGGAGCCAGAAACCUUCUUCUUUCGGACCCCAAAGCUAUCCCAUGAUGGCAACGAGACGCUGCCCCUGCAUCUGUAUGUCAAGUCAUUCGACAAGAACAUCGACAGCAAACUCCAAGUGACCCUCUACAACUGCUCCUUUGGCCGCAGCGACUGCAGCCUCUGCCUGGCAGCUGACCCUGCCUACAAGUGUGUAUGGUGCAGCGGGCAGAGCAGGUGUGUGUACGAGGCGCUGUGCAACAACGCCACCUCCGAGUGCCCGCCACCCGUCAUCACCAGGAUCCAGCCUGAGACGGGCCCCCUGGGUGGGGGCAUUCGCAUCACCAUCCUCGGGUCAAAUUUGGGGGUCAAAGCGGAUGACGUCAAGAGGGUCACUGUGGCUGGCAAGGACUGCGCCUUUGAGCCAGAACGGUACUCCGUGUCCACCCGGAUCGUGUGUGCCAUCCAGGCCGCAGAGGAGCCAUUCACAGGGGGCGUCGAGGUGGACGUGAAUGGGAAGCUCGGCCAUUCGCCACCCCACGUCCAGUUCACCUACCAGGAGCCCCUGCCCCUCAGCGUGGAGCCAAAGCAGGGGCCGCAGGCAGGUGGCACCACGCUGACCAUCAACGGCACCAACCUGGACACAGGCUCUAUGGAAGACGUGCGGGUGACCCUCAAUGAUGUCCCUUGUAAAGUGACGCAGUUUGGGGCACAGCUCCAGUGUGUCACCGGCCCCCAGACAGCUCUGGGGGAGCUGCCCCUCGCGAUCUACUACGGGGGCUCCCUAGUGCCAAGCCCUGGUGUCAUCUUCACCUACCGUGAGAACCCAGUGCUGUUCACCUUCCAGCCACCGCGAAGCUUUGCCAGCGGCGGCCGCAGCAUCAAUGUCACAGGGCAGGGCUUCAGCCUGAUCCAGACGUUCGCCAUGGUGGUCAUCGCUGAGCCCCUGGAGUCCUGGCAGCAGCGGCAGGAGGCCGUUCACCUGGAGCCAAAAACGGUCGUGGGCACAGAGUACAUGUUCCACAACGACUCCUUGGUCGUGUUCUUGUCCCCGGCCGUUCCUGAGGAGCCCGAGGCCUACAACCUCACAGCCCUCAUUCAGAUGGAUGGGCACCGUGCCCUGCUCAGGACCGAGGCUGGGGCCUUUGAGUACGUGGCCGACCCCACCUUCAAGAACUUCACAGGGGGCAUCAAGAAGCAAGUCAACAAGCUCAUCCACGCCCAGGGCACCAACCUGAACAAGGCAAUGACACUCCACGAGGCCGAGGCCUUUGUGGGUGCUGAGCGCUGCAUCAUGAAGACGCUGACCGAGACCGACCUGUACUGCGAGCCCCCGGAGGUGCAGCCCCCUCCCAAGCGGCGGCAGAAGCGGGACACAGCACACAACCUGCCUGAGUUCAUUGUGAAGUUCGGCUCCCGGGAGUGGGUGCUGGGCCGCGUGGAGUACGACAUGCGUGUGAGUGAGGUGCCGCUCAGCCUCAUCCUGCCGCUGGUCAUUGUGCCCAUGGUGAUCAUCAUCGCCGUGUCUGUCUACUGCUACUGGAGGAAGAGCCAGCAGGCGGAACGCGAGUAUGAGAAGAUCAAGUCCCAGCUGGAGGGCUUGGAGGAGAGCGUUCGGGACCGCUGCAAAAAGGAGUUCACGGACCUGAUGAUUGAGAUGGAGGACCAGACGAACGACGUGCACGAGGCGGGCAUUCCUGUACUGGAUUACAAGACGUACACCGACCGCGUCUUCUUCCUGCCCUCCAAGGAUGGUGACAAGGAUGUGAUGAUCACGGGCAAGCUGGACAUCCCCGAGUCGCGGCGGCCCGUGGUGGAGCAGGCCCUCUACCAGUUCUCCAACCUGCUCAACAGCAAGUCCUUCCUCAUCAAUUUCAUCCACACCCUGGAGAACCAGCGGGAGUUCUCCGCCCGCGCCAAGGUCUACUUUGCGUCGCUGCUGACGGUGGCCCUGCACGGGAAGCUGGAGUACUACACAGACAUAAUGCGCACGCUCUUCCUGGAGCUCAUGGAGCAGUACGUGGUGGCCAAGAACCCCAAACUGAUGCUGCGCAGGUCUGAGACUGUGGUGGAGAGGAUGCUGUCCAAUUGGAUGUCCAUCUGCCUGUACCAGUACCUCAAGGACAGUGCUGGCGAGCCUCUGUACAAGCUCUUCAAGGCCAUCAAACACCAGGUGGAGAAGGGGCCAGUGGACGCCGUGCAGAAGAAGGCCAAGUACACCCUCAACGACACGGGGCUGCUAGGGGACGACGUGGAGUACACACCCCUGACAGUGAACGUGAUUGUCCAGGAUGAAGGGGUCGACGCCAUCCCCGUCAAGGUCCUCAACUGUGACACCAUCUCCCAGGUCAAGGAGAAAAUCAUUGAUCAGGUGUACCGCACGCAGCCUUGCUCCCGCUGGCCCAAGGCUGACAGUGUGGUCCUCGAAUGGCGUCCUGGGUCCACUGCCCAGAUCCUAUCAGAUCUGGAUCUGACCUCGCAGCGGGAGGGCCGGUGGAAACGCAUCAACACCCUGAUGCACUACAACGUCCGGGACGGAGCCACUCUCAUCCUGUCCAAGGUGGGGGUCUCCCAGCAGCCGGAGGACAGCCAACAGGACCUGCCUGGGGAACGCCACGCCCUCCUGGAGGAGGAGAACCGUGUGUGGCACCUGGUGCGGCCCACAGACGAGGUAGAGGACGGCAAGUGCAAGCGCGGCAGUGUGAAGGAGAAGGAGCGCACGAAGGCCAUCACGGAGAUCUACCUGACGCGCCUGCUGUCUGUCAAGGGCACGCUGCAGCAGUUCGUGGACAACUUCUUCCAGAGCGUGCUGGCGCCUGAGCUGGCGGUGCCGCCCGCCGUCAAGUACUUCUUCGACUUCCUGGAUGAGCAAGCAGAGAAGCACGACAUCAAGGAUGAGGACACCAUCCACAUCUGGAAGACCAACAGCUUACCGCUCCGGUUCUGGGUGAACAUCCUGAAGAACCCGCACUUCAUCUUUGAUGUGCACGUGCAUGAGGUGGUUGACGCCUCCCUGUCGGUCAUCGCACAGACCUUCAUGGAUGCCUGCACACGCACAGAGCACAAGCUGAGCCGUGACUCCCCCAGCAACAAGCUGCUCUACGCCAAGGAGAUCUCCACCUAUAAGAAGAUGGUGGAGGAUUACUACAGGGGGAUCAGACAGAUGGUGCAAGUCAGCGACCAGGAUAUGAACACACACUUGGCAGAGAUUUCCCGGGCACACACGGACUCUCUGAACACCCUUGUGGCCCUGCACCAGCUCUACCAGUACACCCAGAAGUACUAUGACCAGAUCAUCAGUGCCCUGGAGGAAGACCCGGCCGCCCAGAAGAUGCAGCUGGCCUUUCGCCUCCAGCAGAUCGCAGCUGCACUUGAGAACAAGGUUACAGACCUCUGAUCCCAGCAGAGGAAGAGCCCCUGGGUGCCUGAGCGUGGGUGCCGCAGAGACCCCCACCUCAGCAUAUGUAGCCACAGAGCAGCUCUCCUGAGCAACAGCGUCGGGUGCCCCCAACACCAGCCCCUCUGCAGAACCAGUGCCCGGCGUCUCCCAGUGGAGUCUUCUGAACAGUCCGCAAAUGUGCCUUUCACCCCCGGCGCCAUGCCGUGUCUCUAGGGACAGUCGGACCUCAAGCCCCCACUUCCCAAGCACCAGCAGCCGCCUCAUCCCUGGGUCUGGUCUCUCCGGGUGGGGUCUGAGUGCCUGUAGCCCCAGGGCCUUGCGUCCAGACUGUCUGCCUGCCCCACCUGGGCAGGAGGAGAAAAGCGGUACGAUGCCUUCCUGACCUCACCUGGCCUGCCCUGCGGGGCACUGGCACUCCCAGUGGACUCGUGCUUAGGGCCCCACCUCAAAGGUCAAGCCGGACGUCAGACGUCAAAGCCCAGGCUGCCAGCAGGGACCCUGCCAACUGGGAAUCCUGGCCUCGGCCUGUCAGACAGGCUGUCCUGGAGGCCCUGCUCUAGUCUGAGGGGCCAGGAGCAGCUCUACCCAGGACUCCUACCGCCCCCCUUUUUGUAAAUCGUGUUAAUUGUAAAUCAAAUACAUGUGUCUUUUUAACUUG